AUGGCAACACGGCCGGAUCCAGAUAUUGAUGAUGAUUUUAAUGAAAUUUACAAGGAGUAUACUGGUCCUCCAGGUUCUACAGUCGAUAAUGCACAUGAUAGGGCAAAAAUAAAUAAAAGGUCCCACGUGGACUCUGAUGAGGAAGAGGAAACUCGUGACCCAAAUGCUGUCCCAACUGAUUUUACUAGCCGAGAAGCAAAGUUUUGGGAAGCUAAAUCCAAGGCUACAGAGCGGAAUUGGAAGAAGAGGAAAGAGGAAGAAAUGAUUUGUAAAAUAUGUGGAGAAUCAGGUCAUUUUACUCAGGGAUGCCCCUCUACUCUUGGGGCAAAUCGCAAGUCACAAGAUUUCUUUGAAAGGGUUGCAGCAAGAGACAAGCAUGUAAAAGCAUUAUUUACUGAGAAAGUGAUACAGAGGAUUGAGAAGGACAUUGGUUGCAAAAUCAAAAUGGAGGAGAAAUUUAUAAUUGUUAGCGGAAAAGAUAGGUUAAUCUUGGCAAAAGGUGUUGAUGCUGUGCACAAGGUGAUCAAGGGGGAGGGUGAUCAGAAGGGCUCUUCUAGUUCUCACAGGAGUAGGUCUAGGUCCCUUGAGAGAAGCCCUGUAGGUUCACGGCUGCGACGUUCUGAUUCCCAAAGGCCUUAUCUAGGUCACCCACAUGAUACGUCACAAUAUCAACCGAGGUUUGGCAGGCAAGAUAAGAUUAUGGAAGACCAUCGUGAGGAUCUGCAUAAAUUCUCAAGGGGUUCUCCACAAGCUUAUGGUAACGAUGGAGUUAGAAGUCACUCAAGCUGUUCUAAAUCUCCUGCACGUCCCCUUUAUGCUGGCAACUCUUAUGGUUCACAUGAUGGUCGUAGUCAUAGCACGGCUGGUUAUAGAACUACUGGAUGGGAUAUUGAGAGGCAGGGGUCUGAUUUGCAAUCAGGCCAUCGAUUUGAAUACUCUACGUUCCCUCAGACGUUAGAAGAACUGGAGUUAGAGCAUAAGAGAGAUGCAAUGGAGCUUGCUAGAAUUCAUGACAAAGAAGAAGAUGAAGAAAAUUAUAAGCAUCGUGAGACUAUUAGGGAAAUUGGAGAGAAGUACAUGCAGAAAUUGGCUAUUCUAAGGGGCGCACACACAAGACAGUGGGAGGAGUUUCUUCAACGUGAUGCCCAAAUGCACCUGCAACAACCACGGCGGCCAAUUUCCGUGUCUGGUUUUGGUGGCUAUAAACAGCACUCUUAUUCUGAAUAUGAUGUUUCUUCAGCCAAUACUCAUUAUGCUGGAACGAGUUCACCCGUGGAUUCAACAGCCAGGUACUCAAAUAACAUGGAAAAUUAUUCUUCAAGACCUCAUGAUACAUAUGGUGAGUUCCAGCAUCAGAGGCGCGAGGCUUUUGGGAAAGCAUACAAUCGAUACUAA